AUUCAACCAGCGAAUUGUCAUUGCAUUAAGAUUUGUAUUCAAUAUUGAGCUUCUCUGUAAAAGGUUAGUAGAAGGUACUGUAACUCACGCUAACUGCGCAGUGGCUAAAGUGUUACAAACUCAACUUGCCACUAAAACCUAGAACAACAUUCUUGUGUCACAGCAUUGUGGCAAGAAAUGUGGCAAAUUAAGUCUCUAGUUUAUUGUUUUCAUAGAUAUGUGGAUAUUUCACCUCAAGUGUCCCAAACCAACAAGGAAUGUAUCAUACAAUAAUAAUGUGGCCUAAUUUUUCAUCCAUUUAAUGCUAUUGUCUUUGAAGGAAGUUUGCUGUAAAUUCUUUACUCUUGAGCAAUGAAUUCUCAGAAGAUUAAUCUGCGCUUCCUUAACUACCAUGAAAUGUAGAAAUUGUGCCUGAAUAAAAUGUUCUUUCUCAGAGUUCUGCAAGCUCCUAAUACGUCCCUCAGUCUGAAAACUAACACAGCUUACAGCCUGAGGCUGGAACGAGAGAUGGCCAAUAAAGACCUAACAAUAUGUGGUGGGAGAUCAAAAUCCCUGGACGAAUCCGGUUUCCAAUUUCAUUUAGAAGCAAAAUGCCUUUAGGCUCGGUCCCACAGUUCUGCAUUUCUGGUGAUUAAAUCUGGGUGUGGAUGGAUAUGGGGUAAAGCAAAUAACUAUAAAAUAUAAAUAAAAUUCACUGUCGACACUGAAUAAAGUGACAUGCAGUCUCAUGCAUUUGAGCCCACCCAGCAUGUGUGCACACCUGCACAUGCACGCUUAACAUUUCCAACGCUGUCUGUCAUCAUGUGUCUCUGGAACAGGUGAAAAACAUCCCCUGCAUCAGUAGUGUUUCUCCAGUUAGGUUUUUGAUCUAGGAGAGCGUUGGCACUAGUCUGGCCCAGUUGCCAAGACUGAUAGUCUGACUGUCAAAGACCCUGACUGACUGUUACACUGGACAAAUGUCACUAAACUGGGAAACCGAAACUCUCCUGACAAAGCCUGUCCAGGGAGAAAAUGCCUUUCUCUCUGCAAUCUUGGGUAUGCUUUUACUAUGAAGAAAUGUCUGAAAUGUCUGUGGUUCAGUUGUUUCUAUGUUGAAUUUUGGGUUUGAGUUUCAAGCGGUGUAAAUAUAAAAAAAAAAAAAAAGUGCUACGUGAUCUCUAACUGUUAACUGGUUUGAUACUGUAUUGAACUCCAUAUAUGGAAGGAUAAUCCUCCCUUGCAGGAUCUGUGGUGAUCUAUCUACAUAAGUAUUUGUUUGAGUUAGGACAAGGCCUCUGUGAUUGGUUGUGGCUAUGGUGAGGCCAAAACAAUUCUAGCUUACUCAAAUGUGUUGAGAGCACAGAGGGGUACUUGCUUUUGGCCAAGUUUUGACCUCACUAACGCUCCUGGACUCACCCUGCAUCUUAAAAUAACAUGCUAUGUGUUGUGCUGAAGUCUCUCGGACAUACCUUGCUGCUGUUGGACUUGUUUACCAUGGUGAACCUGAGCUCUGCCUGCUGUUGGAGAUUACGGGGCUGGAUGGGGGCCACUAACAUGCCUCAGUACUAUCUCAUACAUUAAUCUGAAGCUUUUCAGGAUGAAGUAUGGUAGGUUUUUGGAGGAAAAUUGGCUGCAGCCUUAGGAUGCCCCGUGGCUUUGCCUGAAUCAACGAGUUCUGGUGCUUUCAGACCUAUAAUACUCAAGACAACAGGCAUAGCCUGGCAGGUUCCAGAAGUAGGUGGUCACCAGCUGGGACUCCAUGGCUGCCACUGCUGCCCCUUGAUUCAUUGCACUGUCCAGUAUCCCCCACAUUUGAGGCUUGAAAAGUGUUCAUCAUUGUUUUACUACAGUUAGUUCCUGUAGCUCGUAGCUUCAUGGAGGGGUUUCCUGUCCACUGACCCAGCAGGCUGCCUUACUGGACCAGCAGCCAUGUCCGCCUGCAGCACCUUCACCGAGCACGUGUGGAAACCAGGCGAGUGCAAGAACUGCUUUAAACCUAAGAGUCUGCACUGUUUGGUUCAGAGUAGUGGAGGGAAGCCUCCUUCUGAGCAUAGGCCACCAACAACUCAGCAACAGAAUCCACCCCCUGCUGGGGCCAGAGCCAACCCUAACCUGACAAACAACUCCCAGAGGGCUGGCAGUGGUUCUGCCCGCUCAGGACACUUCCGUCCACCGGUGGCUAAGAAGCCAACCAUUGCUGUUAAGCCCACUAUGAUGCUGCCCUGCUCCUCUGCAGGACUGGAUUCAGAUGGCAACCUGCAACGACCCCCAAAUGUGAUAGAACAUGGCAAAACAUCAGCCUUCACAGUCUGGAAUUGCAAUGGACUGAACCGUAAGAGGCCUGGCGGGCCCAGCAACAACAAUGAAGGAGAGGAUGGCAGGGAGGAGAUUGAGGGUUACGCACAACUUAGCCCAAGGACCCCUAGUGGAAAUAACAACAACAGUGGACUGACAGAUGUCCUAAAGGAAAUUGCUGGGUUAUGCCCUGGUCCUAGCCCCACGCCCCUUUCUGGUUCCAAGGACUUGUUUUGGGGACGAAUCAGUAGUUCAUACCGACGGUCCUUGGAAAGAGGCCUUCCAGCCUCAAGCUGUCUGGCCAUGGGAAGCAGCAGUAGUGGUGGUGGUAGCACUGCUCAAAAACGGGUAUCCCUUAGCGAUAGCACCGAGAUCAUCAGCACAGAAGGUGGUCGAUUUUGCUACCCAGAGUUUUCUAGUGAAGGCGAAGAUGAUGAGGAAGAGGAAGAUGAGGAGGAAGAGACUGAAAGGGAUGAUGAUGAACAUGAGAGCUGGGAUGAAAGCGAUGAAGAGUUACUAGCCAUGGAGAUCCGUAUGCGAGGCCAACCACGAUUUGCAAAUUUCCGUGCUGCCACAUUGUCUCCGGUGCAUUUUACUGCAGGGAAAAAGUGGAAUACUGUGCCGCUUCGCAACCGCUCACUACAGCGGAUUUGUGCAGUAGACUAUGAUGAUAGCUAUGAUGAGAUCUUGAAUGGAUAUCCCUCCAUGGACUCCAAUGGAGCUCUUCUUCCCUAUGGACCCUAUGACAUGCAAGGCAGUGGUUUCCUAUCAAAUUCAGAGUCUACCACUUCUCCAGAAUCAUCGUCAUCACUACCGGAGGAUUCUCGAACAACUUCCAGCAGUGGGAGCAGUGCCCCCUGUGCUCUUCGAAAUGGCUUGCAUUCUCCCACAUCUUCUAAGGCACCUGUCCCCUGCACUUCUCCUCCAAAAAAGGAGCCUGUCCACAGAGCACUGAGUCCACUCAAGGUGACUGAAACACACAAGGCUGUCCUGGCCAUUAGAUUAGAAGAUCAGGAUGGCAGAGAAGGCACGCCAAUGCCCCAGGCCCUUCCAGGUCAACCAGUCACUAUCAGUUUUAGUCCCACAGAGGAGCAAGCUAGACCAUACCGUGUAGUUAAUUUGGAAAAAUCACUCAUCUGUAAGCCUUACACUGUAGUGGACGUGUCAGCAUCCAUGGCCAACAAAGACGAACAGAUUCCAGACUCUACUCCAAAACCCAAAAACCUGUCAGUGUCUUCCAGCCCUACAUCAUUCUGUAGCACUCCUUUAGGUCAGCCCCUGUCUCCAACCUCCCCUGUUUCUCCAUCUUCUCCUGUGAUGCCAACAUCACCCACAUCUGUAGCUCUGUCACGUACCUCCCGAAAGAAAUCAGGGAGCAUACGUUACCAAGAAGUGUGGACAUCAAGCACAAGUCCUCGCCAAAAGAUACCUAAAGUUGAUCUAGGGGUUGGGAGUAAUCCUGGCCCCUCCAUCCCUACUCAACACUGCAGCCACAAGUCAGCUCCCACUUCUCCCAUUGCUGGGCUGUCAUCCUCCCGAACUGUGCCUGUGAAAUCCCCCAAUUUAUCAGAGAUUAAGUUUAACAGUUUCAAUAAUGCAGGCAUGCCUCCAUUCCCCAUUAUUAUUCGAGAUGAGCCCGCCUAUGCCCGUAGCUCCAAGAAUGCUGUUAAGGUACCUAUUGUUAUCAAUCCAAGUGCAUAUGACAACCUAGCUGUGUACAAGAGCUUCUUGGGACUCAGUGGGGAACUGCCACAGCCAAAAGGGGUAGGUAGUAGGGUAGCCAGCCAUACUUACGAAGAGAUUGGAUCCUCUGAGAGUGUCCAGUCCUCCUCAACAGAGAAAACUAUCUCUGGUAGAGGCACAUCAGAGAGAGCCUCUUUUGAAGAGACAAAAGCUCCACCUGAAGCAGUGUCUAAAGCACCAAAUUUACAACCUAGAACCACUACAGACUCUAGCACUGUGACAAACACUGUGAUGAGCUCCACAGUUGGGGUCUUCUCUCCCACUACAUCAACAAAUUCCCCUGCCAUUCUUGCCAUUACUGCAAACCUACCUAAAACCAGCCCUACUGCGAAUGCUGUUACACGCACUUGCAAGACAAGUGGAGACGCUGCUUGCAGUCAAGAUGAUGAUACAGACUUAACUAUGUCUUCUGGGACAGUGGCGAGCCAUAGGGAGGAGGCCAGUGCUGUGCUUUUACAGAUUGUGGCCUCCAUCCAGCCUCCCCAGUCUCCUCCAGAGUCGCCCUCAGCACAAGCCAAAACCCCCAGUUCUGAGGAGCUCUAUGCCCUCCCACCUGAUGCCAUGAAAGAGACCCUCACCCGACCCAAGUCUCUCUUUUCCACAACUGAUGGCUGUCUUUCCAAGCCCAAGAAGGACACGCCCUCGAAAGUUUUGUCUAAAUCCCAGAGUGCCUCUGCUGCUGUCCCACUCUCCAGCCCCCGGUCAGAGCCCAAUGCCCCCUUCCCCCCUCCUAGAUCUACAUCUUCCCCUUACCACGCUUCUAACAUCCUCCAGAGACAUUUUGGCAACUGGACCAAGAGCUCUGCUUCCAGUUCUCCUGUACGACCCAGUGAAGGUGAAGCAAGUCCAGGUGGAGAAGGGAGACGUAUUCUAACAGAGAGCUCCAAACCCAAACGCUGGAUCUCCUUUAAGAGCUUUUUUCGUCGGCGGAAAGACGAGGAUGAGCAGAAAGAGAGGUUGGAGAGAGAGAAAGAGAAAGGCAAACUGGUUGGGCUUGAUGGAACAGUCAUUCACAUGCUUCCACCUCCACCAAUCCAACAUCAUCACUGGUUCACUGAGGCCAAACCAGAGGAUCCCACCCAGAAGCCAACCAUCAUCUUCACCUACAAACCAGACAGUGGCAGCACCCCUGGGGAUGGAGAAGGAGAACUACAAGUAGAGGAGUGCAGAGAAACUGCAUUACUUACACCUGAUGAGAGCAAGGAACCCAGACCUUUGAGCCCAGGGCAAACACCACCCUCACACAACACUGGAUGUGAUCUCAUCAGCAAGGACUUCAGCCAGGUACCAGUCAGUGCCAACAAUGCCAGGGAUCGGGAGCUGCCCGGUGCCGCCUCCCUGCCUGCCAAAGUGAAUCUGGGGCUGGUGCUUGGGGAGGGCGAGGAGGGCCAUGCCAACCAGGUUGCCACACCGGCUUCAGCCAGCGAGGGCAGCGCCAGUCUCGGAGAGCCAGAGGAGGACGGGAAUCACUCCCAUCACUCCCACUCUACCGCCUCCAGCCAAUGCAGUGCCACAUACAGCAACCUGGGUCAAUCCAGAGCCAACAUGAUCCCACUAAAACAGCCUCGGAACAUCAAAGCAUCCAACGACACCUUGGCCUCCAUCGACCUGGACGGCCUUGCUGAGCAGCCAGCCCAUAAGGCCACACCACCACCACCACUACCUAAGAAGGCUGUACCUCGUUCUAGUACUGAACCCAGCCUGGGAGGCAAAGAGGUAGUCCAGGGAGCCCUGAGACCUCGGGCUGAGGCUAAACCUGGGGGCACCAACCUGAGUGUGGCCAACCCUCUCUAUGACUUGGACUCCACCUGGGAGAUAGCUAGUCAGAGCUCCUCUCUCAGCUCCGAGCCUCAUCGAGCCCAUGACCAUGAGAGCGGUGACUCCCUGGAGAGGCCAUCAGCUGCCACGGCUACUAACAAGGGCCGCCCAACUAACAGCGUGUCCUCCCUGGUUCCUCAACCUGCAUCUGCUGCACCCAGUGCCACCACUAGCAGAGAGAGGAGGGCCUACCCGAGUACAGAGUCUUUGGCUGGAAGGGGUGGGAUAACAGGUCGAGGUGCUGCUGCUGGAGGAGGAGGCUCCAAACCCCAGAGACCUGGUCUUUACAGGGGGUUAGACAGCUGGGAUGAGGUGGUGGGAAGGAUCCGGGGGCUCCACACGGACACACUGCGGAAGCUGGCAUCAAAGUGCGAGGACCGUUUCAUGGCUGGUCAGAAGGAUCACUUGAGAUUUGGCACUGACAGCUGGUCCCACUUCAGGCUGACCACUGGGAAACCCUGCUGUGAGGCGGGGGAUGCCGUAUACUACACUGCCUCCUACGCCAAGGACCCACUGGUCAACUACGCCAUCAAGAUCUGUCGGAGCAAAGUCAAGGAGACCCAGCAGCAGUUUUUUCACAGUCUUGCGGUGAGACAGAGCCUGGCCGUGCACUUCAACAUCCAGCAAGACUGUGGACACUUCCUGGCUGAUGUCCCCACCCGGCUGCUGCCCUGGGAAGAGGAAGAAGAUGAGGAGGAAGAAGAGAAUGCAGGGGAAGAUGGAAACGGGCUGAAGGAGAAAGAGAUUAAGGUUCAAACCAAGACGACGGACUCUAAAGCUCCAAAUGGUAAAUUAGAUGAAACCCCAACAGCAGGUCACAUGAACACCACUGGCCACUUGAAGAGCAGAGUGGUGGUCAUCACACGGGAGGUGCCCUUCCAGACGGUGGCUGACUUUGUCCGAGAAGGCUUGGCACGACACACUCAUAACCCGGAGCUGUACGAGCGUCAGGUCUGUCUCCUGCUGCUGCAGCUGUGCUCCGGCCUGGAGCACAUGAAACCUUAUCAUGUGACCCACUGUGACCUGCGACUGGAAAACCUGCUGCUGGUCCACUGCCAGCCUGGCAACCCCUGGAAUCUGGACAUUCUUGAGCCCAACAACAACAGCAACAGCAGCAGCAGUUCUGGUGCAACCUCUGCCAGUGCUGCCGCUGCCGCCGCCAACGCCACCUGCCCUGCCCGCCUCAUCAUCAGUAAUUUCUCCCAAGCAAAACAGAAGAGCACUCUCAUGGCUGCCGACCCUGGUACGCUGCGCGACCAGUCACGCCUGGCACCCGAAAUUGUCACAGCGACUCAGUACCGCAAGUGUGACGAGUUCCAGACUGGGAUUCUCAUCUAUGAGAUGCUGCACCGGCCCAACCCCUUCGAGGAGACGCCGGAGCUGAAGGAGCGGGAGUACACCUGGGCGGACCUGCCGCCGCUGCCCGUCAGAUCGCUCUACUCACAGGGUCUGCAGCAGCUGGCCAGGUUACUGCUCACCGUCAACCCCUCAGAAAGGAUCCGCAUGUCCGAGGCCCGGGCCUGCCUGCAGUGCCUGCUGUGGGGCCCUCGGGAGGACUUGUUCCAGGCGCUGGGCUGCAGCAGCACAGGCCCCAUGUCAGGGGCCACUUCCAGUCAGCGUGAGGCAACCCUCCAGAACUGGCUGGACCUGAAGCGGACACUGAUGAUGAUCAAGUUUGCGGAGCGCUCGCUGGAUGUGGCUUGCGGUGUGAGCCUGGAGGACUGGCUGUGCUGCCAAUAUCUGGCGUUUGCCACCACGGACACCCUGAGCCGGGUGGUCCACAUCCUGCAGCAGCCGCAGCCACAUCCUCAGUCCCAGAAACAGAGCCAGCCAGCACACGCAGCACAGAACCAAACUCAAACACAUCUAGCACACAACCUCCACCUGACUCAGUCACAGCCACUCUGAGUUCCUCUACCUAGCUGUUACUAUGGCAACAGAUCCAACUUCCCCUGUGUGGUCCCUCUGCUGACACUGUUUUGAUGUGAGCUAAUAGUCAGCUUUGUUGUUGCAGCAGCCACAGUGCUCACCUAAAACUAAAUAGCUGGUUGUGCAAUGUCUGGGUUGUGUUUUCUUCCUGGACAAAUCAGUCCAUCGAGUGAGAGUCUGCGUUCCCGUCAAACAGGCUAGGCUUCAUGAUCGGGGUUAUUCUUAGCACUCAUUAACAACAGCGGGGUGGUUAAGAGUCCAGCAAAUAAAGUGGCUCUCUGACGUUGUUCUCAAAUCCAGUCCAAGACAAACUGCAAAACAUUAUAGCAAGUCGAAGUAAUUUUUGCUCUUGGCAGUGACUUACCAGACAUCUCGUGUAAGUCCUAUUCAUCUGUGUCUUUAGCUGGUCACAUCUCUCAUGUGUUAUAACACUCCACCAGAUUUACCAAAUGUGUGAGGGAUUUGUAUGUUUUUUCAGCCAAGUUCUACAAGACUACAGAGUUGUGAUGGCUACAUAUUAGAUAUAGUUUGCAUGGCAGCUGUCUCCAGGAUUUAUUUGAGGCACUGUCAAAUGGAAUAAAUUUGAGAUUUUAUAGUAUUACACAUUAAUGUUUUAUAGAAAAGUUUCAUCAGACAUUCUAAAGAUGUUAGAUUCCCUAAAAGUAAAUCUUGAGAAAGUGUCAGAAAUGGAAAUUUAACUCACAAUUAUUUAACACAUUAUUACAUAGUGUUGUAUUUUAUUCUUCAAAAGAUGCAGAUUUGAAAUCUGUAAAGACUAAAAAGAGAAAUGAAGGGAGGCCAUUUAAAAUGAAGGGAAAUGGGAGGGGGGGUCAUGGCGACCUCUUCAAAAUCAAUUCUAAUCAGGGUGAGUUUUUUUUUUUUUUUAAUCUAGACUGAUGCAAAAGUUAAAUAUGUUUUACCACUGAAGCCAAAGAUCUGCCACAAAUUGUCCAUUUAGACAGUUUAGAGAUACUUUUACCAGAGAUGUUUAUUUCAAAAUGCAGUCAGACAUGAUUAUUUUAACCAGAUUUAUUAUUGGUUUGUCCCAGACUCAGUUCAAAUCAGUGAAAUGUCCCUCUUUACAGUUUCAAAAUUCCAACGCUAGUCUGGAGAAUUCAACAAAAGGUACACCGUUAAGUGCUGUUGUAUCAUACCACACACUUCUGCACAGGGCUUUGAAUGAGGCAGGUGAUGAACACUGAGCUAAUUUUGACUUUGCAGUUUUCAGAGCACAGUUAACACGUUUUAGGCUUUGAAGUUAAAAUGGGACACAACUGCCCUGGCUGUUGGUUUGGUUUCUUGUCGGAGUAUGUGCAAUUAAUAUCUUUGUUAUUUCCUUUGGAGGUAACAGAGUAUGAAUAUUUUUAUGACAUUAUGCAGCCUUUUACUAAUCCUCCCUUCCAUUAGUUGUGUGGCACAUAAACUGAUUCAUUUCAGCAAUCCUGCAAUUUAAGAAACAAAGUUCUGUGUAAAGAACUUCUUACAGUGGAUGGGAGACGGGGAUGUUUCAGGGACUGCGAAAAGUUCUUCUUUGUCUAUUGUGUUGUUUUUGUCAAGUUGUUUUCGAACGGUUCUGCGUUACGGAUUACAUUUGCACAUUCAGUCUGAACGUUGGCCAUGAGGCGACGACCAACGAGGACAUGAUGAUGCAGGAGAGACUGAGAAACGUCCCUGUGAAUUCGAGGAGCUGGAUUUGAUUUGUUUUGCAGCGUGUGGAAUGUAAAAGUUUGCCUGGACUGAAACAGACAUUUGGACCUGGUCUCAUCGGCUUCAGAAACACAGUCAUCUUCCAACUGAACCACUUUGUUUCACAUAUAAACUCUCUGUGUGAUAAUCAAACACAGCCUUGAAGAGAAACUAACCACUGAGACUUGCUUCCAUUCCUCCUGCCUUGUUUCCCGUCCUCUUUGUUGUUAUCCAGCCAAUAGGACGGCAGAUCCUGCAGUGAGCUCACUGCUUGUCACUCAACAGAUUUAUUCUGCUUUAAUUAAAUGAGCUCUGUGAUAUUGAUCAGUACCUUCCAGCCUGGAGUCAGUGGGAGUAAAACAUGUACACAAGCCUCAGCUUCCCCAUAAAAACAACAAGAAACUGUUAACAUUUUGAGUUUUAUGCACAUGGAUUUAUUUGUGGUUACGAUGAUCAAACACCCUGAAAAGCAUCUUUGACUCAGAACUAAACUGGACUGUACUUUGUGCAGAACGUUCCCUUGAUAUGCAUCCGGGUGGACGAUGCUUUCAAACUGACACUGCGAAAAGGCUUUGCAUCCAGAAAUGUACUCGCUUUAUUUGGUUAAGUUUGUCUUUUCAUAUCUGAAAACUGCAGCAGUUCAGCUUGUCGCUGGGGGGGGAGAAAUGUAGUUUUGGGAUCAGGAUCCUGUGAUCGUUUUACUGCAGAUGUACAGUACAAGACUUAAUGGUCCAUGGAGCGAAAAUGAGACAAAGCAGGUGUGAGUUUGUUGCUGCGUUAAAGGGUUUGUGUACUAAAGAAUGUGUGUGGACAGCACUGGUGGCUGUCCUUGUGUCUAGAGAUUUAAACCUUUAUAUAGUAUAUAUAGUAUAAAUACAUAUAACCUUUAUCUAUUUUAAUCUAUACACUAUUUUGUCGAGUACAGAGCACCUCUCUGUUUCUGUCUGUAGAGUCUAAAUACCAUUUAUUCAUUUUUAAAGCUUUACUUGAUUUUCUUCAACGUCGCUUGUUUUGGGAAAAGAAAAAGGUGAGUAGUUAUCACUGUCCUAAACACAGGAUAACUGAAAGUCUUCAAGCCGCAUGAUGAGGAGCAUUAAUAUACAGAACAAUGUACAGUAUUUUCACCCCUCUUGUAAAGUUAUCUGCUUAGAAGAUGAACCACUUUCAAAAGAGGCUGAAGGAUGACUUAUGAACAAAAUUAAAACCCAACAUUCAUCAACUGUACGGCCUACAGAGAAUAUUGUUCAUUUUCUCUCUCUCUCUCUCUGCUCUGUUAUUUCUCUUUGCAUUGUUUAUUGCCACUGAACAGAAAAACAAGUUCUCUAAGGCUUUCUUAUAAUAUGUGUACAGUAUGUCUCCUAGCCUGCCGCCAUUUAUUGUUAACAAACAGUAACAGAACAAUAAUAAAUAUAUGUUUUUAUAUAUA